UUUCCGCGAUGAACUUGGACUGCUCUGAUUUCAAAGCAUAGACAGUGAGUCGCUAGACUUUUACCGGGAACCAUGUGGCGGACGCUGCUGUUGCUCUGUGCAGUCCUGCAUGUGCAAAGUUUCGCCCCGAAGAUCAUUGGGGGAAACAACGCGUCUAUCAACAACUAUCCGUACCAGGUGGCUAUUCACGUCAGUGGGAAAAUGCAAUGUGGAGGCUCCUUGAUCAGCCAGACCUGGGUGCUAACGGCGGCGCAUUGUGUUUAUGGGAUGACACCUAAUGUAGUUCAAGUCCGCGUGGGCAGCACUUAUUGCAGCAAAGAUGGCACGCUGAUCAAUGACAUCGCUCAAGUAAUAUGGCCCUGGCAGUAUUCUAGUAGCACAUAUAACUAUGACGUCGCUUUGAUAAAGCUGACAAAGCCCAUCCCCAUAACCGCGACGACUAGACCUAUCACCUUGGCAUCACCCACAACCUCCGUGGCGUCAGGCACAAAUGCGAUAGUGCUAGGAUGGGGCCUUUUGUCGGAGAGCGGCCCAAUGUCGCCCAAUCUGCAGGCUUUAAAAGUGCCUAUCGUUGACCAGAACAAGUGCCAGAAGAUCUUUGGAACCAUCGGCUGGGCUGUCACGGAAAACAUGCUCUGCGCCGGGGAGUUGACUAGCUCCAAGGACACCUGUGCAGGCGACUCGGGAGGUCCGCUUGUGUACAACAACAUCCAAAUUGGCAUCGUGUCCUGGGGCUACGAAUGCGCGAAGCCUAACUAUCCCGGAGUGUACACGCGAGUGUCCGCUGUACGAGAUUGGAUAAAGAUGACGGCAGGCGUGUAGAAUUAAUGUCCCACGGCGAACACUAUAUUACGGGGAGAUUUAUUUUUCUUCGCCGUUCGGCCAGAGUGUUCGUUGCGCUGGCUGAAACGGAAAAACGGCAUGCACUUCUUCUCGUGCACAUAAAUCUUUCCCAUCGUGGAAAAAUAUACGGGUAAUAUCCCUUUUCGUGUAACGAUCUUAAGAGCUUAUAUUUACAAAUGUAGCAUAAUAAAUCCUUUUUAUUCAACGCGAAAUCCUACGAAAACGUCCAUGUCACUC